AAGUUUUACCUAAUUAUAUUUAUAUAAUAAGCAGUAUUUAUAAAAAGUAAUAUAUCUACUAACAUGAAUAGCUUUCCACAACCAAUUUUAGACAAAUCAUUAGUAAAUUAUGAUAUAAGAGGGGCAAGAGCAAAAUACAUUGAAAAAGAGGUUAAAUUAUAUGAAAGAGAAUAAAAAAGUCCUCCUAUCCCUUAAAAAUACCCAGAAGAUUAUAUUGUCAAUACAAGACAUGGAAGUAACCCUGUUGUCUAAAAGGCAAAAAUUCCUAAUUAUGAAGUUCGCCUACCUUAAGGAUAAAGCCCAUUUGAUGCAGGAGGUAAAAAACAUUACUUUGUACACGAUGGGGAAAUCAAAGAGAAAAGAUCAUUAGAAAAUCCUUAUAACUUACCCCCAACUUAUGAAUUCAUUUAGCAAUAUUAUCCAAGAAAUCUAAACAUAUAAGAUAUAGAAGGAACAGUACCAGGUUCUCUCGGCAAUAAGGUUGUUAAGAAUAAAGAACAAGCUAAAAAAUUAAUAUAAAAAGAUAAAAGUGAAAUCGAAUAACUUUAAGAACUAUAAAAAAACCCAUAUGAAAAAUAUCUUGAUGCCCUUGACAAGUUUAAAAGCGAAAUGAAUUAGGGUUAAUCUGGAGAGUUUAAAGAUAGACAUCAUUUUAUUGUUAAUCCCGAUAAUCCAUACGCUCCUGUUGAUCAUCCUCGCUAUAAUCAAGGAAAUCAAAAUUCAAAUAAGGAAAACCCUGAAAAGAGCAGUGUUACAUAGGAAAAAGCUUUAGAAAAAGAAUCUAAUUUAGAUAGAUAGUAAUAUAAUCAUGAAAAUAAUAAGAAAUAUUAUUAAGAAGAUGAAGGUUACAAACCUAGAUAAUUUAGAGAUGAAAACAAACUUUAAAAUUUUAAUUCUUAGUAGGAAAUAAAAGAGUAGCAAUUUAAAAGCCAAGACUAAAAUUAAGAUUAUUAUAAAUAGCUAGAAUAUGAAAGAAUAAUGUAAGAGUAUGAAAAAGAAAAAAAGUUAGCUGAAUAUAAAGUAGAAUAGCAAAAUCUCUAAAAGGAAAGGGAAUAUUAAUUUUAAAAAAAUAAUGAAAUUUCUUUGCUUAAGAAUGAAAAGAGAUCUUAAUCCCCUUAUCAAAGGGAAUAAUAAGGCAUAAGAUAAUCUGGUAGAUAAUCUCCUGAAAUAGAUUAUAGAAGACAGGGGUUGUAAAGCCAAUAUAAAUCUCAACCUAAUUUAUCAAAAUUAAAUCAUUAGCAAGAUAUAAUAUCUCAUGCUAUAAAUAACAUUUCUCCAUAGAUAACAAAAUAAAACUUAGCUCCAAAUCUUAAUUUAGAAGGAUAUAUCUAAUAUGGAAAGGGAGCCAGGCUUAAUCCUACAAGUAUGUCAUAUGUGGGAACGGAGCUUGCAAAUAAAAAUAUAACUUUAUCUCAUAAUUUGCUUGGAAACUAAAUAAUAGCUAAAGAAAAAAUGUUAAGGGGAAAUUAAAAAGAUAACUUAAGGUAUACUCAUACUUAAUUGAAUUUUUAAAAGUUUGAAAAAUAUCCUGGUGAGUUUAUGGACAUUUUAAAAGCUCAAGGAAAGCCUCCAACAAACGAAAAUCUAUUUUAAUUACAAUAUGAAAGAGCGAAUGCACCAAAAAGCACUAUGGAAAAUUUAAUAAAAUAUCCAGUUAAUGUAUAUGAAAAAGGUGAAGGAAAUUUAGAUCAUUAUAAAAGAGAGACUGUUGCUCUUCCAUAAUAAAGAGAAUUACCUUCUGAAUAUCAGUAGCCAUUAAAAAAUAAUAGCAUUUUACAAUAAAGAUAAAAUGAUGAUUCAAUUGAGUAUAAGCAAUACAAAAACAAUACUCCUUUUGGAGCUCCUUUUUCUUAUAAUCCAAAUGAGUAUAAAAAAAAGGAAAUGGUUGCAUUGAAUCAUUCUAAAUAGUUAGAAAAAAUUGAAUAAAUGAUGGAUAAAGCAGACAAAUAAAUAGAUAAUAUCCAAAGAAGUUCACCAGAUAUUUAACAGCCACAUAUAAAAAAAACUUUAAACCCAGAUCAUUAUGCAGAAAUUAUAAGUUAGAUUAGAGCUGAAGAAGAAGAAAAAGCUCGUAAUAAAAUGGAAUAUUAAAGGUAUUUAGAAUAAAAACAUUAGUAAGAAAGAUUUGCAGGGCUAGGAUCAUAUGGAGAUGUUUAGAGACAAAAAGAUCAAAAAUAAAAUUAAUCUAUGGAAUACAUUUAACAAUAUGGUGCUAAAGGACUUAGAAAUUUAUCAAACGUCAGAAUUAUUUGA